CUUGGUGUGUCCGUUGGGCGGUACACUGGGGAGAGGGGUAAUCCGGAGCAAUCCACGGCCUGGUACGGGUCCGCACCCCUUCUCUGCGCGCCUCGUCACCAUGCCUCGGAAAAUUGAGGAAAUCAAGGACUUUCUGCUCACAGCCAGGCGAAAGGAUGCCAAGUCUGUCAAGAUUAAGAAAAAUAAGGAUAAUGUGAAGUUUAAAGUUCGAUGCAGCAGAUACCUUUAUACCUUGGUCAUCACCGACAAAGAGAAGGCAGAGAAACUGAAGCAGUCUCUGCCCCCGGGUUUGGCAGUGAAGGAACUGAAAUGAACCAGAUAUGCUGAUUUGAACUGUAUUAAAAUUUUUAAAAAUU